AUGGGCACCUCGGAACGCCGCGUAGCCCACGUUAGCCUGGAGCCGGGCGCGUCGCACCUCACGCUGCAGCUUCGACUACUCGACGACCGCAGGAGCUUCUUCCGCCCUUGCACUGAGAAAUUAGACCGCGUUCGCUUUCGUCUGCAGCUUCUGGCGUCUGCUGUCUCAAUUCCCGGAGGCAAGAAGAAGCAAAGGAAUGGCGGGACAGCGCCCACAAUUCCUGUCAAAUUCUUCGACGCAGAUGGUCAGCAGAUCAACGCAAAGAGAGCGACCGUGGGCGAUGCAUUAAUGCGCACCAAGCAGCUACAGGUCGGCUCAGAGACCUUCACAGUACUCCACAACCAGCCACUAGUGACGGGCCUAAAGGUGCUGGAGCCUGUGAUGGCUGGUAUUACAGUAAAUCCGCUACUUGAGACUCAAUUCUGCACUGCCGACGAGUGCUCGUGGUGCUGGUAUCGUCGUAACAAAGGCGAAGAGAGCGGUGGGAUGUUGGUGAGCUCCGAGAGGAGAUAUACACCGACCGAGGAGGAGCUGGACUGCACGUUCUACGUGGAAUGCCAUGCACCAAUGAUACAGUCAGAGUAUGCUGAGGACAGCAAGGCAGAAACCGUAACAAUACCGGUACUACCAGGACCUAACCGGUAUGUGUUCAAAGAGAGACAACAAAUGGGUGCAACCAGUGCGACAGACAAGUAUCCUGAUGCACACGAAGCGUUCCGAGUCAUGAGUUAUAACGUGUUAUAUAACGGUUAUGCAACAACCGACCAUGCAAAGAAGAACUUGUUCUCCUACGUCGACGACGAUGUCAUGAAGGAGACGCGUCGGAUCCAGUUAAUUCUCCACGAGAUCGAGGAGAAUAACAGCGACGUCGUCUGUCUUCAGGAGAUGGGAGAACAUGUAUUUAACCACUUCUUUAAGCCCAUGUUGGCCUCAAUCGGGUACCAUAGCUUCUACUCGGAUAAAACCGGUACAACCAACGAAGGCUGCGCUACAUUCAUCCGAACUUCGCGCUUUGAAGUGGUCGAACAAGAAACAAUUAACCUUUCCAUUGCAGUUAAGAACUCGACAAUCCCAGCGUCACAGAGUCUCCUACAGGACUUCCCGGAACUCGCCAAAGGCAUCGCCCGCAUCCCGUCCAUCGCACAGUUGCUCAUUUUACGAUCCAAACUGGACCCAGCCCGGACUAUUAUCCUCUCGAAUACGCAUUUAUUCUAUCGAGGAGACGCACAUUUGAUCCGGUUGCUGCAAGGUGCUGCAGUAGUGGACACUGUCAGCCAGUGGAAAGCCAAAUCAAGCUUCGAGAACGCAGCUGUCGUCAUGUGUGGAGACUACAACGCACACCCUCGCUGCGCACUCGUCGCUUUCCUUCUAGACGGACAACUCGAUUCCAGUCACAGGCAUUGGCAACAAGCUCCAUCGUUCCGCUGGAAUUUGUCCAAAAUUGACGAUAAAGACUCCAAAAUUCAGGAAAAAGUCACAGAAGUCCGUCCGAAUCGCUUUGAACAUUCACUCCAGCUCGUCAGUGCGUGUGGCAUCCCUGCAUUCACGAAUUAUGUGACGAGCUUUGUGGACACUCUGGACUAUAUUAUGGUCGGGUCCAAGACGCUGCAAGUUCGUGAUGUGUUCCCGCUCUUCACAGAGGAGCAAGUGACGCAUGAAGUGGCACUACCGUCGUCCACUUUCCCGUCAGAUCACAUAUCUCUUGUCUGUGACUUAACAUGGUGA